AAAGAGUAUGCCCUGCACAAGCUACUAUUUUGUAAAAGUAGUAUACAUAAAGUAAAUCUAAAUCCGGUGUUAAAAUAUCUAAAAAGCAAUGGAAAACAUGAAUUUAACUCGACCGAUCGUAUAUAUAGAUACUCCACCAUCGUCGAUCAACGGAGAUGAGAUCAAUGGAAUGGAAGGCGAAGACGUAAUGUAUCUGGAGGAAAUGGAAGAGUUUGAAGGAAACCUAGAGAACAUGGAAGAACUUUCAGACCAAGAGGAAGAAGAUGCGGAUAUGGAAGUUCCCGAGGAUCAAUCAAUUGUAGUAUUUAAUAAACACCAAGGAUCAGUGUUCUGCUGUAAUCUACAUCCUGAUGGUAAAUUUGCUGUAACUGGAGGCGAAGACGAUAAAGCGUAUGUAUGGUCGACGGAAACAGGUCAAAUUAUAACCGAGUGUACGGGUCAUAAAGAUUCCGUCAUAUUUGUUGGGUUCAGUUUUGACGGGGCAUUUUUAGCCUCGGUUGACAUGAGUGGAGUGAUUAAAGUUUGGAAAUGUAACUUUGAGAGUACACAAGAGUGGCCGGUGGCAUUUGAAUAUGAGGCUGGGGAUUUGAUUUGGGGUCUAUGGCACUUUGGUGCAAGAGUUCUCAUCUGUGGUGCCGCCUCUGGUGAUAUUUUUGUGUUUAAAAUACCUUCGGGAGAUACAAAAAUAUUACCUGGUCAUAAUGUAAAAACGGAGUGUGGCAAGCUUUUCUCAGAUGGUGUUCGUUUAGUAUCUGGAUAUGAAGAUGGUACAGUAAAAGUUUGGGAUCUAAAGACAAAUUCUGUUCUGCAUCAAGUACCGCAAAAUGUUCACCAGAUAAGGGUUACAGAUGUAGAUACGCACCCUGAAAAUAAUGUUAUGGCCUCUAUAUCUACAGAUGGAAAAGCUGUAUUAACAACAUCAGUGAAUGGAAAAGUUGUUGCCCAAUUGGAAACUGAUAAUGAUUUGGAAGCUGUGGCAUUUUCAAACCCACAAUUGGGAUAUUUGGCAUUAGGAACAUUAAAUGGUUCAGUAACAAUUUGGGAUGCUGGGAGACAAAUGAUACGUCAUUAUUGUUCAAAGAAAGAAGACGGUGUUGCCGCUGGGGUGACAAAAAUAUUUUGGAUAAAUGACCAACUCGUCACCGGCUGCCUCGAUGGAUCAAUCAGAAUAUAUGACGGAAGAUCUGGAGAAAGAAGUCUAAUGCUAACAGGCCACUGGCUGGAAAUAUUUGAUAUAUGUUACAAUGAAAAGCAAAAUAUUUUAUUAUCCACAUCAGAUGAUGGAACAGCAAGAAUAUUUAAAUAUGAAACAAGAAGUGAAAAAGUUCAAUAAAUUACUUUGUUAUUUAAUC